AUGGCACGACAUUUACGUGCCGCCAUAUUGGCGUCCGUGCUAUCACUGUGCUGCGUUCAAGCGUUCAUAACAACCCCAAUCGUGCCAAACACACUUGUGGCGCUUGUACGUCCCAAGAUGAGCGGUAUUGUGGAGAUCGCCGCUAGGUGGAAGGACGCCUACGACAAGCGGGUCAGCCGAACCUCGGAGGAAGAACAGGCCAUAAUGUCAAUUGCGUCGCAAUUUCCGCUGCCUACCCAUGGCGCAUUCUUGCCACCCCGUAAUAUCAAAGGGCUAGGUUCGCUGACGGAUGAGGAACUGUCGGCAAGCAAUGAGGCGGACGUGGUGAACAUGUGCAACGUCAUACGUUCGUUUGCGUCAUCAGUGCUGAAAAUACACGAGGUGCUGAUCAAUAUGGCGGACCAGGCGUACCCAGACCGCGCAGUGGCCGCCGAACGCAAACUGCUGCUGCAGAGACUGGCGGGCUUCCUUGGCCUAUCCCUGGAGGGGUUCAUCAUCGAAGUACGCAUGAUUGUUUGGAAAGGCACCAAGGGGGCAUUCCACAACCCCCACGCAGGUACUGACUACCUCGCAGCAGUUGGACGCGGCGCAGUCAAACAAGCGAUAAACGGCAUCAUACCGUACGACGACGCGGACCUGCAGGCCGUCGUCGAACGCUUCUACGAGCUGGCCACGGAUAUGCAUCAGCGUAUCGACGUAGACAUACUUGAGAAUGAAACGUUCGCCAAAGACGGAAUGGAGAACAUCGUCAACAGCCGCGUGCGCGACGCGCUGAUGGACAUCGCGGAGCCUUAUUUGGUUGAGUGUGGCGCGGCGAUUAAAAUGCGCGAAAGUGUUGAGAACGCGUAA